AUGUCAACACUGUCAUAUAAAAAACAGGAUGCAUAUAGUACAUCUGGUGUGCCAGAUAAAAUGGCUGUGUUUCAGGAAUGUUUACAACAAUUUAAUGCUACACCAGUCAAUGCUAAAAAAUGUAGACAAUUAUUAGCAAAAUUAUUAAGAUUAAUUUAUAAUGGUGAAGAAUUUCCAGCUCAAGAAUCAACCACUUUAUUUUUUUCAAUUUCAAAAUUAUUUCAACAUAAGGAUGAAUCAUUAAGACAAUUAGUUCAUUUAACUAUAAAAGAAUUAUCUUCAACUUCUGAUGAUAUUUUGAUGGUUACUUCAUCAAUUAUGAAGGAUAUUCAAGGAAAUGAUGCAGUUUAUAAACCAAAUGCUAUAAGAACUUUAUCAAAGGUUUUAGACCCUACUACCGUUACAGCAGCUGAAAGAUUAUUUAAAAAUGCAAUUGUUGAUAAAAAUCCAAUUGUUUCUUCUGCUGCUUUAAUUUCUUCAUAUAACUUAUUACCUCAUGCAAAAGAUGUUGUUAAAAGAUUUGGUAAUGAGACUUUAGAAACUAUACAAUCUUACAAAUCUUUUCCACCAAAUCAAUUUCAAUUACAUGAAUACUAUGGAAAUGCUACUUCAAAUUUACCAUCAACUUCAUAUAUGUAUCAAUAUCAUGCAUUAGGUUUAAUAUAUCAAUUGAGAAAUCAUGAUAAAAUGGCAUUGAUGAAAUUGAUAACUUCAUUAUCAGAAGGUUCUUCAUUAAAAAAUUCAUUAUCAAUAAUUCAAUUGAUUAGAUAUAUAAAUAAAAUUUUAAUUGAUGAUGAAGGAUUAUUUACUCAUUUAUAUCCAGUUUUAGCGGGAUUUUUAAAACAUAAAUCAGAUAUGGUUGAAUUAGAAGCUUGUAAAGCUUUGAUCAAUUUACAAUUGUUAUUGAAAGAUGAUCAAUAUAUGCAAAUUGUUACAACUUUACAAAAAUUAUUGGGAGUUCCAAGAACUGCUACAAGAUUUGCAGCUAUAAGAUUAAUUAAUAAAAUUUCAAUAAAACAUCCAGAAAAAAUUUUAGUUAUCAACUUGGAAUUAGAAAGUUUAAUUAAUGAUUCAAAUAGAUCCAUUUCAACUUUAGCCAUUACAACAUUAUUAAAAACAAUGGGUGCUGGUACUAUUGAUAAUGGAUCAGGUGAAAGUGUUGAUAGAUUAAUCACCAAGAUGACUUCAUUAAUGGACGAAAUUACAGAAGAUUUUAAAAUUGUCAUUAUUGAAGCUAUUGAAAAUUUAGCUUUGAAAUUUCCUUCAAAACAUAAAAAAUUGGUUUCAUUUUUAACUGAUUUAUUAAGAGAUGAUGGAUCUUUAGAGUUGAAAACUGCAAUUGUUGAUGCAUUAUUUGACUUGAUUAAAUUUUUACCAAAUGAAGGUGCAAAACAAUUAAUUUUAAUGAAUUUAUGUGAGUUUAUUGAAGAUUGUGAAUUUACUGAAUUAUCAGUUCGUAUAUUGCAUUUAUUAGGAGAUGAAGGUCCUACCACAUCAAAUCCUUCUUAUUAUAUCAGACACAUAUACAAUAGAUUAGUUCUUGAAAAUUCAAUUGUUCGAGCUUCAGCUGUAAUUUCAUUGGCCAAAUUUGCAGCUGUUUGUGGUGGUGAUGUUUCUAAAAAUAUUAUAAUUUUAUUGACAAGAUGUUUGAAUGAUAUAGAUGAUGAGGUUAGAGAUAGAGCAGCUAUAUCAUUAAAUUUUAUAAACAACAAAAAGAAAAAUUUGAUUGUUAGUGAUUCAAAAUACGAUUUAAAUAUUUUGGAAAAUAAAUUAAUCAAUUAUUUAAAUGAUCAAAAUUUUACUGAAAAAUUUGAUAUUUCAGAAGUUCCAGCAAUUUCUCAAGAAGAAUUAAAAUCAAUUGAAUAUAAUAGAAAAUUGAAUAAAUUAGAACGUGAAACUAAUGAAAUCACCACCGAAGAACCAGAAAAGAAAAAAGAAGAAAAAUCAGAACAUGCAACAGAAUUAUUAAAACAACAAGAAUAUGCACAAGAAUUAUCAGCUAUACCAGAAUUUGAACCAUAUGGUAAAUUAACAAAAUCAUCAACACCGUUAUAUUUAACAGAUAAAGAAAAUGAAAUUGUUGUAAGUGUCAUCAAACAUUUCUUUAUUGAAUCACAGAAAUUAGUAUUACAAUAUAAUAUAAAUAAUACUUUACCAAGUAUAUUAUUACAAGACAUAUCAGUGAUUGCACAACCGGAUAAUGAAUUAUACCAAGAAGAUUUUAUUAUACCAUUAGAAGAAUUAAAACCUGAUGGUACAGGUAUAGUUUAUGUAUCUUUCAGUGCACCAACAAUAGAAGAAGAUAUAUUAUGUGCAUUUGGUAAUACAGUAGCAUACACCAAUAGAGAUUUAGAUGAAGAUGGAAAUGUUGAUCCAUCAGAUGAUGGAUGGUCAGAUGAAUAUCAAAUUGAUGAUUUAUUGUUAUUUGCAGGAGAUUUUAUAAAUCCAUUAUAUAAUUCAAAUUUUACUGCAAUUUUUGAUCAAUUACCAUCAUCAGAUGAUUCAACAGGUUAUAUAAAUUCAGAUUCAUUGGAGAAUGCAGUUACUAAAUUAAAAACUCAAUUGAAUAUGUUACCAUUAGAUGGAUCAGAUUAUGUAUCAAAUGAUUCAAACAGUCAUACAUUAAAAUUAUUAGGUAAGGAUGUUUGGGGUGGUAAAGUUGGUUUAUCAAUAAGAUUAGCUAAAACUGGUGGUAAAAUUGUUGGUAGAAGUGAAAUUAAAACAGAAACUGAAAAUUUUGGAUCAAUUGUUUCUAGUAGUAUAUAUGAUUAG